AUGAACGCCACUCGAGUUCUCCUCCAGCAGAGGCAGCCCAUGAUCCGCUUCCUCGGCAAGCGAGCCAUUCCUUCUCAGGUUGACCACACCCCUCACGUCCACCCUGCCUCUCCCAGCCAGUCUCUCCCCGACUCCUUCGCUUCCUACCGCAAGAAGGCCCAGCAGCACGGUCCUUUGAACCAAUCCUCCCAGUACUCCACCAUCGGUGGAAGGCCUGGCUCUCAGCUUGGCCCUGUCGAGGCAGGAAAGGGUCUCCACUUCGACCGCAGCGAGCUCCCCCAGCGCUUCCAGCGAUUGGCAUGGACCCAGGCCGAGAUCGAGGCGGUCGAGUCUGGCGGUGCCAGCACAUACGCAUAG